AUGUGCCCGAUAGCUACUGGGUUGAAUGUGGUGCUGCCGUUCCACCCAAGCGGGUCGCGAGUGUUCUCAACAACACCACUGGUUCAGCUCAAAGAAUUCUUCCCUCGAACAGAAACCAGGAAGAUCGUAAACACAGAGACGUCAUGGCGUCAUCCGGUGUACACUUCCCUCUUUACUCAAAGGUUUUCUGAGAAGCAAAUGCGUGACAUCCAAGUUGCCCAUCGAGAGGCACGCGAUUGGUCUGACUGGGUUGCACUUGGCACUGUUCGGUUUCUGCGUCGGUCAACGGACUUUGCAACGAAAUAUAGACAUCCACCCGAGAAAAAUGUACAGAAUCGGGCAGACGAUUUCGUCAUGACAGAACGCAAAUGGCUGGUUCGGUUUAUAUUCCUGGAGAGCGUUGCGGGCGUGCCAGGGAUGGUUGGUGGGAUGCUGAGACAUUUAAGAAGCCUGAGGAGAAUGAAGAGGGAUAAUAGAUGGAUAGAGACUCUUCUUGAAGAGGCGUUCAACGAACGAAUGCAUCUUCUCACCUUUCUCCAGCUGGCAGAACCGGGCUGGUUCAUGCGUCUGAUGGUCCUCGGCGCACAGGGUGUCUUUUUCAAUGCUUUCUUCAUCUCGUAUCUCCUGUCUCCUCGUACUUGCCACCGAUUCGUAGGCUAUCUUGAGGAAGAGGCUGUGUUGACCUAUAGCCGUGCUAUCGAGGACCUCGAGGCUGGAAAGCUGCCGAAAUGGCAGGACCACGAUGCUCCCAACGUUGCGAUCCAGUACUGGAAUAUGCCUGAAGGUCAUCGCAAGAUGAAGGAUCUACUGCUGUAUAUCCGUGCGGACGAAGCCAAACACCGGGAAGUGAACCAUACGCUGGGGAAUCUCAACCAGAAGAUGGAUCCCAAUCCAUAUGCAGCCAUAUACAAAGACCCAGUUGAUGUGCACCCGACCAAAGGAAUAGAUAAUUUGAAACCUCAUGGGUGGGAACGGAAGGACGCUAUCUGA